CUCAUCACUAGCAGCGUGCAUCGUUUUCCCUCGAAAUGGGUGCUAGAGUUCUAUGUUUGAUUUUAUUGUAUUUUGCGACCAACCGAGGCGAAAAUGCAGCGAGGAUUAACCACCCUCGGGUCUUGCUGCCUGUCUUUGAAGAGAAGGCAAUCAACUUUACCUUGGAAGUUGACGAGACUAACUGCUAUAAAUGGACGUCUUCGCGCCAGGACCUGAUUUCUGUGAUGCCGGUUUAUCAUGGCUUUAGCGAGUGUGCAUCACAGGCAGUGAUAACAGUCCGCACCCACGACCGGCGCCGGAACACUGCAAUUAUCUUCGCCGAAGAGGUUCAGACGGGAGAGACGCUGCGUUCUGAAGUAAUUGUGGACGCGAUUGCCAGACUGAACGUGCGCACAGCUACUCGGCAGUUGUACCUGGAGGAAGCACCCGCUAUGUUCGAGGUGCAUGCCUUUGACGAUCAAGGCAACGAGUUUUUCACACUGGAAGGCAUUGAGUUUGACUGGAAAAUUUCGGAAUCUAGUACUAACAAACCCGCCGCAAUGCGCUACUUAUCCUUCACAAACAGUCCUUACCACACUGUGCCACCUGCCUUGAAGGACUUUGAGGCUAAAGGCACCAAGGGCUACAUGGUCUUGUUGGAAGGGAUCAAUACGGGCACCGCCAAGGUAACCAUUGGCAUGCCCCAAUCGGAGUACAGCCACGUGCAGCCCAUCGAGGUCCAGAUCAGCGUGUUGGCCAACAUUAUUAUAGAACCAUCUGAGGCGACCAUCAUGGCAGGUGAUUCAGUUACUUUCCGAAUCUUGCAACUGAAAAUGGACCGACUGCACGCAAUCGACAGCAAACAGUACUACUUGGAGGUAGAGAAUGCUAAGGUGGCGUACUUGGAUGGCAACAGUGCCACGGGAUCGGCGAUGGGCCGCACCCAAGUCUUCUUGCGAGAUCGCAACAUGGCAAAUACAGACCAAGCUACCAAAGCUCCCAGUGCUCUACUGACUGUCGCUGAACCACAUAGAUUGGGAAUCAGUCUACUUCCCCACCUUAAUUGGGUCACUGUGCAAGGAGAGCAUCACGACAUAGCCUUGGACUUGUUUGCCGCUGACGGACAGAAGAUAACGCUGGGCACUCGCUACUCUAUCAGUUCCGAACUAGAUGAGUCCCUGUUCUCCAUCACACUGCGUACGCGCAAUGGAAGCCGCCUUUCCGGACUGGCCAAGAAGGAGGGUGUCACCCAGGUGUAUGGUUCAUACAAGGACCUAACUGUGCAAGCCGAGCUUCAGAUCUUUAAGGAACUCCAGCUAAGGCCAUCUAAUGCAGUGCUGCCUUACGAUCCUAAUGGCGUAAAGCCCAUAAGCCUACAGUUCCACGCUACUGGAGGCGACAGCAAUUACGUGUGGUUCUCCGGUCACCCGCAGGUGCUGCAUAUCGAUGGUCAGGGCUUGGCCACUACUGACAUCCGUGACGUACGCCCUCUCUUCGGGUCGCAGGAGCUGUUCGAGGAUGGUAAUACUAUGGCCGCCCAUACCACAGUCAAAGUGGCCCUGGCUAAGAACCCAAAGAUAUCUCGCCUGGCAAAAGUCUUCUUCCUGCCCCCCAAACGGCUCCAGAUAAAGCGCUACAACUUUGAGACCUCUCUUAAGGACUAUGUUUACCUCCACGUGGCAGUUUUUGCGCGGGUGAACAACUCCGACGUGCCGUACACGAGCUGCGACAACCUUAACUUCCAGCUGGACUUCAGCCACCAUAUUCUGCAGCAAGAGAGUAACGGGGACCACGUAGAGCCCGUCCAAGAUGCAUGUCAUGUGUUGCGGCUGCGAGCUACCGCCAUUGGCAGUUCUACUGUGCGAGUGUGGUACAGAUUUCAAGACACAGUUCUGGACGACACAGUCGACCUUUACGUAUUUGAGCCAAUGAGUAUACUGAAUCCGCACGAAAACGAGGUAGUGCUCCCCGUGGGCUCUUCCCGUAACAUUAUUUUUGCUAACGGACCACAGCGAAUCUUUACAUUGGAGGCAGAGAUCGUGAAGGCCACGGCGUUCGAUAGAAAGAUCGUACAGGUGUCUGAAAUCCAGUUUAACACCCAGAACGCAAUCAGCGCUUUCACCGUGCUGUGCCGCGAGCUUGGAGAAACAAACUUUUCUUACCGUGUGCAUAACAGCCUGGCCAAGCCCAGCUUUUUCGCCUACCGAUCGGAGUUGACUAUUAAGGUUCACUGCGUUCCUCCGCGGUUUUUGAAGCUUUACGCCCGACAACAGCUCCGUGAAUCGUGUCCCCUGGAGCAGAGCUCCUCGCUGCUGUAUCUGAAGGACCGAGAAAACAAGUUCGAAAUCGAGAUAGAGGUUCAGGACGCGGCAAAUCGUAGACUCAUGAACAUCAGCUCUCUGUGGCUAGACUGGGAAUUCGGCGCAGGAGAAGAGCGUUAUCCUGACCAUAAAAUUUCCCACCGCCAAAUCGCUGAGUUGGAAGUCCUCCACGGUGUAAGUCUGCUCAGUCGUGACGUUCUCAUCUUAACGCUCAGUGAGGUGGCGCCCAACUUCCGCAUCAAAGGCACUGUUGCCAGUUAUAACGACAAGCUGCUAAGGCUGCAGGAUAUCCAAGCGGAGAAUCCCGCGUUCGGAGUGUAUAACUCCAAAACGGGAUCGGUGAACACUCCUCUAAUCGAGAACGAGGUCAGGUUCCACACCGUGAACAGCACCUUGCUGCCGAAGGACCACGUCAGUAUCUUUCUAGCUCCAGGCCACGUCGAACGCAUACCCAUCGUCCAGGGCAGCGGUUACUUGCAACUGAAAUUAUCUGAAUCGGGAAUCGUGCAGGUGGAGUUCAAUGAAAAGGCGCGCGUACUGGCCCUGACUCCCUUGCGUCUUGGCCACGUCCACCUUGAACUAAUCGACAGCUGCUUGACAACAGAACCGAGCCACCUGUCCAUUUCCGUGGUAGGCAUAGGGGCCAUCCAUGUUGCCAGCAUGGACCGACUGGAGCGCACGGCUCGCAUUGACGGGAUCGUUCGACUCGUAGACACCAACGAUAAUCUCCUGCUCAUCGACCACAACAGACUGGCUGAUUACGAUCUAUCUGAAGUUGUUUUCGACCAGAGUGUGCUGAGCGUUCGGUUGGGCGACCAAGAAAACCUGGGACCCGGCGAGAUCCGCUAUACUUUAGUAGGCAACAGCGUUGGGGAGACCAAGGUUGUCUUUCAGUCCGGCAAAGGGGCUCUGCAGGUGUCCAGCGAGCCGCUUAACGUUCAGGUUUUUGCACCGAUACGACUCUUUCCGCGCGACUCUACACUGGUUGUGGGCAGCAGCAUCCAGAUCUUCUACCAGGGCGGGCCGCAGCCCAACACCAACAUGGUCUACAUCGUGGAGAAGGAGCAAAUAGCAACCAUUAACUCGGCCAUUGUGACGGCCCACCGACUGGGAGCCAGCAGGAUUGUCGGAAAGUGUAUGCUAAGAAACCCAGUAACCGGAAAGGACGAGGUGGUCUCCCAGGACACUGUUGAACUCCGCGUGGUUGCUCUGAAAUUAGUCCAGAUCCGCACUCCGCUGGUGCGUAUCCGCAGCGGCGCCGUAAUGCCCGCCACACUCUGGGGCCUUCCCGAUCUGUCUCCUAUGGUGCUGGGAACGCUGAAGAAUACGAAAAUUUACUGGACUGUAAGCCAUCCGGAAAUAGUAGAGACAUUCAACGUCUUCACUGCAGCAGGAAUCGAGUACCAAAGUGAGGAUUUAAUAUCUAUUCGAGUACGCGCGUUAAGUCCUGGCAAGGUCACAAUCACGGCGACAAUGAGUUUGGCGGACGGGACCAAACUGCCGGCAGCUAGCGUGGAGCUUUUCGUUUUCAAGACAUUGGAUCUGGUCGCUCCAAAACCUAUCAAAAUGGAUUCCAUUUUGGCAGCGCCGAGAAGCACGCUUCAGCUGAAAUCGAAUAUGGAGGAUGCGGUCUUUAAGCUGGACGGCCAAAGCAGCGGCAUUGUCAGCGUAACGCGGGAUGGCGUUGUGCACACAAAGGACACCCUUGGUCGGGAUCUGAUUAUUGCCAAAACGGUGGAUCAAACGCUGCCCAUCGGUAUCGAAGUCAAAAAUGUUCAAUAUAUUUUGGUGACGCUUAUGCCUCACAUAAAGUUCAAGAAGGCUAUGCACUACAUUCCGCGAGGCAUGAAUUUCAUGUUUAAGGUAUCACUGCACGACAAUCUAGGCAACGAGUUCUCCUACAAUGUGGAGGAUAAUGGCAAUGGCUUGCGCUAUGAUCUUGCCACCAAGGAUGUGGUCGAUGCCCAGAUCGGCAAUAACCUGACAAUUGCUCUAAACCUGCAGCGGGAAACAAACAAUGUCCUUGCCAUUCGACUAAGGGAUCCGACUGGAGUAAAGUAUGCAGAGGACUAUAUCAAGCUGGCAGUGGUCGAGUCAGAGCAAAUAUACCCAACCAAGACCAUUUUCUCGGUGGGAGACAUAAUUUGCUUCGAUUCACCACUGACGUUUUCAUCGAUUUGGAGCAGUUCCCAUGAACAAAUUGUGACGAUUGAUAAACACUCAGGUAUUGCCCGCGUGCUAAGCCACCGACACAAGCUAGGCGAGAAAGUUAUCAUUACCAGCGGAGAAGAGGCCAAUCACGGGGGAUUCCUGAAAUACGACAUGGAAAUUCGUGAAUCUGACGCGAUCCUGUUUGCCAAGUCGUUUGAUAUAUUUAGCGGACCAGAGUACCGGGGACAGCUGGUUCUUCGUAACCAUAUACAGUCCGACAAAUACAGCAACUUGUUCGCCCAGAAUGCGUCCAAGUGCGCAAACCAACUGGAAAAGGUGCCCGUCGAUGUGUUUAAUUGCCGCCUUAUUGGCAAAGAAGUUCUUGGCCGCCAAUUACUGAAGCUUUAUAAAGUGGAGGCUGCGUUUGAUGUUGUCGCCGGUCAGUAUUCGUGUAAACUGAAGCUGCUUUCCUCAUUCACCGAGUUGUUGGCCAUUGUUAAGACAAACGAAGUCCGCCUGGAGAUAGAGGCGGCCAUGCCCAGUGGGAUUUCGGACACAAUGGCAUUAAAAUUAGUACCGGGUAUUAAAGUGACACCCGAAUCUUUGCGAGUAACCGACUUGAAGCCGCAAGAACUUCACAUCAGUGGUCUGGACAAGGCGCUACACAGGGUUCAGGUCAAACCAUCUGACUCGACAUACUUUGCUGUUGACUUUAUUGAGCAUGGACAUGGUAUAAGUAAAUACCGUUUACGAUUUUUCGAGGACUUUCCAUUGGAUCAACACUUUUAUGUAUUGGUCACAUCACCUGAGACGGAGCAGAGAAUCGAGGUGACCAUUGUUGGCAGCACUAUGUUGGCUCAAAAAUGUGCUGGACGUUCGUACGGCGGACCUUUGGUGUAUAGGAUAUUGGAGAACUUCGGUUUUAUUCUUACUACAACGGUGAUUGUUGUCACAUCAAUCUGGGUGUACAUGUCGUGCUUCCAAACGCAGGGCGUCACACAAGUCAACUCCGAGGUAUUUCAGACAAGCAAAUCGAAGGCGCAUGUUCAAAGAUUACCGCAUCACGAUGAUACAUUUAACAAGUCUCGUUCGCGUAGCUUUUCACCUAGUCACAAUUCGGAAUCUUCGACGGAGGCCUACAUAUACGGAUAUCCACGGUUAAACUCGCCAAACCGAUCAGGAAACUCGCCCCGUUUUAGCUAGUUUAUAUCCUUUUUAUUGUAACUAUUUUCAACGACAAACCCUGAGAGAGACACUAGAGAUUUAACAAUUAAUUACUUAUAGUUUAUGUAAAAAGUUGGUUGUACCCUUUUGUCGCAUUAGGAAUAGUUAUCAAUAUAUAUAGAUCAUAAGAGGACACGGUGUGUGUACUUAUAAGGAAGUUUAACAUUCAGCCAAAGGACUUGUAAUGCAUUUAUGAUUUAUUUCAAUAAAAAAUGAUAUUAAAUAAAAUUAAAAUGUUAAAACCUAAAAA